GCUCCCGGAAGGAAGGAAGGAAGGAAGGUUUUAAGUUUACAGUCAUUCGCGUUUACUCUGCCUUGUGCCUCGGAAUAGCUCUUCGAGGUGUCUUGAUUUGACCUCUUUACCUACUACUGUCGCUCGCUCUCCUCCUUCCUCCCUCCCACUCGCUCUCUCUCUUUCUUUCCGCUGCACCCGUCCUCCCGUCCCGUCUUGGACUUAUAGUUUCCCUCCCGCGCUUGCUAGGGAUACGAUAAAAGAGCGGGGAAUGAUAUUGAUGAUGAUAAACUUUCGGCCCAUCCUGGCCUUAUCGUUGGCGACAUUAGCGGUUGGGGCAUGGGCGCAUGAGAUUGACGUCAAGGAUAAAGGUAUGUUGAAAAAUCGCGCGCAGCGCACACACACAAAACACUCCGGCCCCGCAUCUGCGAUAAGGGCCGCCCUGCAUUAGGGAUGGGAGCGGGAACGAGAGCUGAUAACCGGGGUAUUCAUUUUUAUCUGGUGGUAUUAGGCUCGGUAUCCAGGGUCGCUGGAAAAGUCGCAUUUAAGAUGAUGCAGUUCUACCCCGGUAAUAAAACCGGCGGCAUUCCUGGACUGUUCGGGGAUCCUUAUUACUGGUGGGAAGCUGGUGCUGUGUUUGGUGUAUGUUUCCAUCUCACCUAUCCCUCCUACUCUAGCGUUGGCGAUAAUAACGAUCGUGUGGGAACGGUGAGGGGGGAAAAAGGCAUUAGUAGAUUACUGGGCCUACACCGGCGAUACUAGUUACAACCCUACCACUAGCGAAGCGAUCCUGCACCAAGUAGGCCCGGACAAGAACUUUAUGCCACCGAACCAAUCCCAGUCGCUCGGGAACGAUGACCAGUGCUUCUGGGCGUUGACCACCAUGUCCGCAGCGGAGAAGCGAUUCCCCAACCCGCCGAAUGAUUUACCGCAAUGGCUGUCGCUCUCCCAAGCCGUGUUCAACACCCAGGCCGCGCGGUGGGACAAGGACAGCUGUGGCGGUGGGCUGCGCUGGCAGAUCAUCCCGUUACAUAGCGGGUACGCCUACAAGAAUACCAUCUCCGCCGGGUGCUUUUUCCAGCUGGGCGCCAGGUUGGCCCGGUAUACCGGGAACGCGACGUACGCGGAGUGGGCCGAGAAGACGUUCGACUGGACAUAUAAUGUCGGAUUAGCGACCCCGCAGCACAGGUUUUUGGACGGGGCGAUGGCGCCGAAGAAUUGCUCGGAUAUAAAUCGCUUGCAAUGGUCAUAUAAUGCUGGGAUGUAUAUGGCUGGUGCGGCGUAUAUGUAUAACUUUGUUUGUCCCCCUCCCCCCCCUCCUCCAAUCCGUUGGAGCGCCGCGCUGACAAAGCUGUGAAAACUGGGAAAAAAAAGACCAACGGAUCUGGAAAAUGGAAAACCCGGAUUCAAGGAAUCCUCAACGGCACGUUACAGGACUUCUUCACUAGACCCCCAGUCGGUCCCGAAAAUAUCAUGUUCGAGGUGGCCUGCGAGCCGUACCUGACCUGCAAUGUGGACCAGCGCUCCUUCAAAGCUUACCUAUCCCGCUUCAUGGCCCUGACCGUCAAAAUGGCCCCCUUCACCAAAGAUACCAUCAUGUCGGUGCUGUACACCUCCGCCACCUCCGCCGCUAAGCAGUGCUCUUACGGCGAGGACAAGAACACCUGCGGACAAAAGUGGUACACGAAUGAGUGGGACAAACUCUGGGGCGUUGGGGAGCAGGUCUCUGCGCUGGAGGUCAUAUUGAGUACUCUUGUCGGGGGCCUCGACUCACCGGUUACCGAGGCCAAGGGCGGCACGAGUAAAGGUGACCCGGCCGCUGGAGGAGGGGGCAGGGGGAUAAGGUACACUGGGCAGAACGGCCAAGGGGGCGUGGAUGGGUGGGUCAAUUCCAAGGGAGAGUUCGUCCCUCAUACGCCGGGUAAGAAGGAUAGGAUCGGAUCCAUCGUCCUGACAGUGGCGACAGUAUUGGGUCUGCUUUGGAUGGCGUGGUGGAUGGUAUGA